AUGGAGACAAAUGCAACUUCCCCCCCCGUCCCUGGCAGUCACAGCUUCAACAACAGCACUUGUUCCCGUGACAACCUUCUGAAGACUGUGGUUUUUCCGGUUCUUUACUCCUUUCUCUUCCUGCUGGGGCUUGUGCUCAACGGCGUGGCUGUGUGGGUGUUUUUUCGCAUCCCCUCAAAGUCUCACUUCAUCAUAUACCUGAAGAAUAUUGUUGUUGCAGAUGUCAUCAUGACCUUCACAUUCCCUUUCAAGGUAUUAUCAGAUUCCAACAUGGCUUCCACCGGGCUGCGCAUAUUUGUGUGUCGGGUCUCCUCUGUGCUCUUCUACCUUACCAUGUACAUCAGCAUCCUCUUCUUCGGCCUCAUCAGCAUCGAUCGCUGCAUAAAGACCCUCAGGCCCUUCAGGGGGACAAAUGCAGCUCGAUUGGUUCGUCGCAAGCUGCUUUCAGGAGCCAUCUGGACCUUUCUGCUCGUUCUCUGUUUGCCCAAUGUGAUCCUGACAUGUAAAACACCAACGUCUCCAUAUUUUAAGUGUGGGGACCUGAAGACAGAGGCUGGGCUGUACUGGCACCAGGUGGUCAAUCAUGUCUGUCAAGUUAUUUUCUGGGGCAACCUGGUGACGGUGAUAAUAUCCUACACUUUAAUCACCAAAGAGCUGUACAGGUCCUACUCCCGCAGCACUGGAGGGACAGUAAGUCGAGCACCAAGUGGGGCCUCAACUCGGAAACCCCACCAGGCCAAAAGAAAAAUGAGUGCAAAUGUGUUCCUGGUUCUGGCAGUGUUCUUUGUGUGCUUUGUGCCUUUUCACUUCGCCCGCGUGCCGUACACCAUGAGCCAGACCCAAGGGGUUCUCUUUGACUGUAAACUCAAACUCUUCUUCUUUCAGCUGAAGGAAAGUACGCUCUUCCUCUCUUCCUUAAACUCUGUUUUGGAUCCUCUUAUCUACUUUUUCCUCUGUAAGUCUUUCAGGACCACCUUGUUCAAGACCCUGCAACUGGCUCCUGGAACCUGCAGCAGGCUCACAGGGAGGGGCUCAGAGGACACAGUGAGCACUAUCUGAGAGACUCUUCUGUCUGUACAUCAAAUCCACCGGACAUGAUGAAGACUUUUGUUUAUAGUGUCUGUAUGUACUGUGAUGAUGUCUUGUUUUCAAGUAUUGGAAACAAUUGUUUUGUUUCUAUAAUCAGAGAAAUACAGGAGGUACAAUAUAUUUCGUUAAUUGUCAUAAUCAACAUGCUGAUCAUCACAAAAUGAUAACACUAUCUCUUUCAGUUUUAUCAUUGUUAUUAAAAGCAAUUCACUUUGAAGUAAUUGUGUGUGGAAAGUACACACAUAUUGCCAAAGUUGAAACAUUUGUAAAAAUACUUUUUUUAUUAUAUGUUUUUGCAGUCGUUGAUUCAUACAUGAAAAACCAACACUGGUAUGUUUUCUUUCAGUUCUGUAUUCCACAUUAUAACUACAUGAAGUUCCUCUUCUAUGUUUUCAUUUUUGCUCAUUUGUAAAAGAAUAUACUAUAUUCCUAUAAUAAAAAAGUCAACCUGUAAAUGAAA